CUGUAACCGGAAGUAGAUGCCGCUUUUUGCUUCAGCGUUCACUCUCUCUGUCACUGGUCAGUUUUACCGGCAGUUCAGAGACACGGAAACGGAUGGAGAGAAUUUCUAUGUGCUUUAAGGACGUGAGAGCAGUAGAUGAUGAGUUCACAACAGUAUCAGAGAGCAGGACUGAACCCUGCACACACACCAGGGGUCCAAACCAAGACCACCACAGGUCAUGAGGACAGUGGGCGUGACUCCGGUCUCGCUUCUUCCUCCAGCACCGCCACUCCCCUCAGAGAUGAAAAGCAGGAGCCGGUGGUGGUGCGACCAUACGGCCCGACGUCCUCUGCCUCUCCGUUGCUUUCUCAGCACAUCCCUGUCACCUUCACCGAAGGACCAAACAAGACUGCUCUGAAGACUCCUAUUCCUAGCCGUAUAAUUGCCCCAGCUCCAGCUCAGGGGCAUCUCACCCUUCCCCACAAAGUGCCCGGGCACAUCACCAUGGAGAGCGCCAUGCCGCAGGCAUCUGGGAUCCCAGUGGCCACCAUCAGCGGACAGCAGGGUCACACUGGAAAUCUGCACCGCAUCACCAAGUUGCAGAUUAUCCACGGUGGGACUCCGGCACUGCAGAUCGGCUCCUCGGCCACGCCACAGCAUCAGUUUCCCUCACAUUUACCUAGAGGAGCUGCAGCCGCUGCUGUAAUGUCCAGUUCAAAGGGAGCGACCGUGUUGAGACCGGCGUCAGGACCGAAUACUGCAGCAGGACAGCCGACGGUGCAACACAUCAUCCAUCAGCCCAUUCAGUCACGUCCGAUAGCCACCACGUCCACAGCAGUCUUACCCACAGUCAUGGCUCCGGUGGCAGCCACCAGGCCUCAGUCUCCUGUUAUCAGCACGGUGACGGCUCACUCAGGAGAAUUAGUGCACGGACGCUCACCCUCUAUCACCCUCCACCCUUCUGCUGCUACCCUGAGCAUCCAGCGGGCUCCUCACACUCGGGACACAACCACACGCAUCACGCUUCCAUCCCACCCAGCUAUCGGCACUCAGAAGCCACUCACACACUCCAUGGCGCAGAAACCAAUCUUUAGCACCGUGACGCCUGUCGCUGCGGCAACUGUCGCCCCAAUCCUGGCCACCAACACGGUUCCUUCAACAACGACUACAGGCUCUGUGACGCAGGUAUCCAACAGUAACAUCGUUACCGUGACCGUGGCCUCUCAUUCCACUCACGCCACCGCGGCGACCACCUCCACCAUCCCCGUGGCGAAGGUGGUGCCCCAGCCGAUCACACACACCUCUCCUCGCAUCCAGUCUGAGUUUAGUGGAGAAAGAGGGAACCUCAUCCCCAUCUCAGCCCAUCGCGCUUCUCCUAAUCCUGCUGCUGCUAUGGAGAACCGCAGCGAUGCCAGGCAGUCUGUUCCUAUGCAGUUUCAGUAUUUUCUGCCAGCCUACCAAUCAGCUUCUUACCCUCUGACACACACCUAUACACCCAUCACCAGCUCCGUGUCGAACAUGCGCCCGUUUCCAGUGACGGCUCAGGCACCCUCUGCUGCUCAGCCCGGCAUGGGCAUGGCCUCCGCCGUCCAUCUAAACUCCAUGCAGCUGAUGACGGUGGAUCGCAUCACGCAAAUCAACACUCAGAACAUGCAGCCAGCGGCCGUGGCAGCACAAGGAGGCCAGAACGCAGCCAUUGCCGCUCAGGGACUUCACACCAACACCUCUAUUACACCGCAGAGCAUCCAGGCUGCACCCAUCAACCCCCAACAAAACGCAAGUGAGGCCAAGACUUCAGUGGUGCUGGCUGACGGCUCAGCUCUGGUCGCCAACGCCAUCAACAGCACCUUUAACUCCAAUCAGCCUGUUGCCACGGUAACUCAGGCACACUCACAGGGAGGUGGAUCGGGUACACCAACACUGGUUUCGUCUCCUCGACCCAGCAUUCUCCGCAAAAAACCCACCAUCGACGGCACCGCUGUGAGGAAGAAUCUGAUGGUAACUCAGCUCUGUGAGUCUGCCAGGAUGGAUGGAGGUCUGAGGAGCGCUGCAGGAUCACCACGACCCUCUGGAGUAAAACCCAAAUCCGAAGUCCUCAUGGGAUUGGCUCCUCCUGUCAGUGCCGCAGUGGACGCUAUUUCCGGACAAACCGGAGAGCAGAUUGUAGCCCCGCCUUCUUCUCAAAUCCCCGCUCAGCCCGUCUCCGCCCUCCUCGCGUCAGUCACACCACCUUCUCAGCCCGUCCCUGCUGCCAUGGCAGUGACUCCGCCCAUCCCUUCAAUGGCCAAUGUGGUGGCUCCGCCUUCUCACCCUGCAGCCAGUAGUACCGCAGCUUGUGCAGUUAGCUCAAACUUUCCAGAGGUUAAGCAGGAGGCGGUGCCCAUGGACACCUCAAAACCAGUGGCUCCAGCGCCACCUAGCGUCAAUCCCGCCCUGUCGGUGCCAACUGCAGAUCUGACGCCUGGAGCUUCACCCAGAAAAAAGCCCCGUAAGCAGCAGCACGUCAUCUCCACCGAGGAGAGCGAGAUGAUGGAGACCAACAGCACAGACGAGGAAAAACCUCCAGCUAAACCCGUCAGUCACCGUCUGGAGAAACGCAAAUCGCCUCCUAAAGAGUACAUCGAUGAGGAGGGCGUGCGGUACGUUCCCGUCCGAAUCCGUCCUCCGGUCACUCUUCUGCGCCAUUACCGGAACCCCUGGAAAGCUGCUUAUCAUCAUUUCCAGAGAUACAGCGAAGUCCGAGUUAAAGAGGAUAAGAAAGGAAAUCUUCAGGACGUGGCCAAUCAGAAAGGGGUCGUGUGUCGAGCUCAAGGCUGGAAGAUCCAUCUGUGUGCUGCUCAGCUGGUGCAGCUGACGAAUCUGGAGCACGACGUCUACAGCCGUUUGACGAGUCUGCAGGAGGGAAUCGCCCCCAAGAAAAAAGUGGCAGCAGACGACGAUCUGCACCGCAUCAGCGAGCUCAUACAGGGUAACAUGCAGCGCUGUAAGCUGGUGAUGGAUCAGAUCACGGAGGCUCGCGAGGCCAUGAUGAAAGUGCUGGACCACAGAGAGCGAGUCCUCAAGCUCCUUAACAAGAACAGCAACACGAAGAAGCUCCACAAGCUCCAUAAACGCAAAGACAGAGCGUGACGCUGCAUCACACACACACACACACACACACACACACAACACACGGUGUUGGAGGUGAAGGAUGAACAGAUUCACCAAAAUAAUCACACAGGAACGUGUCAAAACUGGGAGAAGCUUGACAGAGCUGGACAGAGUUAGCAUUAAUAUUUGCAGUAUAUAAAAACCUUACCUCCACUACAGAACGCACACACGAGGGACAAUCUCAGUUACACUGCAAUAUACCUACACUAGGGGCGGAGUCACUAAGGACGCUGAAAAAUAUACAUACAACAUAAUUAUUUAGUCUCAUUAAACUAUUAUUCAGUAAAAAAAAAAAAUAUUAUAGGAAGAUACUUGGACAUUUUCAAAAUAUACUAUACGUGUCAUAAUAAUCCUACACUAUUAACAGUUCCAUAUUAAAAAGUACAAUUAUUAUUUAUGGUCUAAUUUAAAAGAAAUAUUAGAAACACAAUGUUCCCUUUAUCCCCAAACUCCUACUGUACCUUUAGACCGCUGCUAGAAAACCAGGUGAAAAAGAAAGUCAUUUGGCUUCGAUGUUUUCUUCUGCUAUUAUUUUUUAGAUCUUCUCUUGGUCUGUUUGAGACUCACCUCCCCGAAGCCGGGCGCGUGAUCUAUAUAAUAAGCUUCCUUUAUCUGUCGGUAACUUUAACAAACUCCUCCAAGGGUGGACAAAUCACGAACUCGCCGUGAAGCCUAGCAGGAAAGUGGUGGACGGUCCGUCGCGCUUCAGUCACACGUUGUGUAGAUGUCCAGGCUAAAGCACGGUGUCUAAGUUAACAAGUUAAUUUCAUUUAAUAAAGUAUGGUUACUUAUCUAGUUGAUUCUAGUUAGCUAGUGAAGUGCAAUAAUAUAGACGAUAAUAUAGAUAGUUACCAGACGUGCGUAUAUGUGCGUAUCAUGUUUGUUUCGUAUAAACACCGGGGCUAUGUUUUGUCCUUUGGGACAUUCCUUUGAUUCUUUGAUUCCUUAAGAAUCGGAAUUAUUCAUGUUUGUGUAUUCAUGAGGUAAAGUAUUAUAUAAUCAUGUUACCGAUGCUGAAAAUCAUCCACGUUAACGUCAGAAUAGCCGCUAGCGAUAAUCACAAUGAUCGAAGAUCGUGACAAAAACGUGAAACACGUCAAGGUUAAAGAUACGUUUUAUGGUGCAAUCGUUCGCACACCCCUUACCAUCGCUUCCGUACGUCCUUGUCGAAAGUCUCAGUCCACGUUGUCUUUGCUGUUAGAAUCAGCUCCACUCAUCUUCUCUGAAGAUUUUCCACUAGAUGUUGGAUCGUGUGUGUGUGUGUGUGGAUUAGUGAUCGUUCAGUUACAAGAGCAUCAGUGAGAUCAGACUCUGAUUUUGGGAUUUUGAAGAAACUCCAGUUCCAGUUUAUUCCAGUGGGGUUGAGUCGGAGUCAGGGCUCUGAAGGACACUAGAGUUCUUCACCUCCACACCAUGCCUUCAUAGAGCUGCUUUGUGCACAUUGUCAUGAUGGAAAGAGUUUAGUUUUUAGUGAUGUGAAGCUUUAAUGCUUCAGUGAACAGAGAUGUUCUAUACAGUUUUUAGAACGACUCGUAUGCGUGUGAUGGUCAGGGGUGCACAUGUAUAUAGCCAUAUAGUGUAUCUACUAAAUAAAAUGUUAUUUUGUAAAAGUCAGUAGCUACUUGUGUGGAGAUCGUUUGCAUCAUUUGUUCCUCUAAUAACAGUUUAACAGGAACAGAUGAUGCAAUAAUGUUCAGACAAGUUGCUAUUGACUUCAAAUACCAAAAAAAUAUACUGUGGGAAGGGAAAAAAAAUAAGAUCCCUGGAAUAAGACGGCUUAGAUAUUAUGUCCCAGGCUGCAGAUUUGUCCACCCUAUCAAUCGAUUUCAUUUGGAUGAAGUGGGACAUUGUGUGUAUUUCUUUUCUCUUUUAUUUUUGGCUGUUUCUGUAAUAAAGUAACGAAUAUAUUUAAUACAGAAAUAGAUUUACGAAUCCAUCCAGCUGCUCGUACGUGCAGAUAACAACCGAGUCGCUCGCUCAGUGUUGCGAAAGCAUUAACCAUGCUCUAAAAAAAAAAAACAAAGCAAAUCGAUAGUGUGUCAUGUCAUGUUGUGUAAAUUAUCACUAUAUCAAUAUUCUAUUUAUCGUAUCGUUAUAGCAGAAAGAAAUGGUUCUACUUUAUAGAUAAGCUUAAAAUCAGCUGCACUGUGUCUAAAGUCACAGAGUCACUCUUAAUAUCCUACAGGAAUUUUAAUAGCACUGUCCUGUCCCAUCAUGCACAGCAGAACGUAAGGGGGCGGGGCUCCGUUAACUACGUACCUACUUCAAAUAAUUAGUUCUAUGUUGUUAAUUCCACGGUUGUGUCAUACACUUUUUAAGCAUCGGGUCGUCUAGACGAGAUACGAGGCACGGCCGUGAGAAAGGAAGCAAAAGCAGUCCACAGAACGUCUGUAUUUUCCCGGUCCUCGUUAACAUCGCUUCCUCGCACAAGAGCGAAUCUAUGCGACAUUCUUUUCUUACUGUAAAGUUCUCUUCGUUAGGACAUACUGUACACUGUGAGAAUCAAAGCACAAAAGUGCUGAGUUAUUCUGAAAAUUAACCCCCAGUAGUAGAUUUAAUCCCCUGUCUGGGUGUCUUGUGUUUUUCAUGAACCGCUGUAGGAACAAAUGAUCCGAGCAGCAGGAAGGUGUGUGCCGACACCGAGCAGAAAAUCCUACCGCUUUUUACAACAUUGAGAUUUAAAGAUGAUUCUGUUCGCCGUUUCCUCAAAGCACCGAUCGUUACUUUCCUCUGAAGUCUAAAGGUCAGCUAUCUGAUGAAGGGACGGUGAGAAGAUACCGCGCGUACCGUGAUCACGCGUCGUCAAGCCGAUCGUCGGCACAUGACUUCCGGAGCGCGGUAAAGAACGUUCUCCAGACUUCCAGCUUUAAACCUCUGCGUCAUGAUCCUACAAACCUAAUCUCUAUAAACAGUGUCUGUAAAAAAAAAAACUGAGGGAAAAAAUGAACCUGGAUGUAAAACUCAGAAGUCAAAGGGCUGAAGAUGUGUAGCCAUGAUGGAGCUUGAUGGAUACAACAAAAAAUAA